GGAGGGAGAGAGAGAGAGAGAGAGAGAGAGAGAGAGAGAUUAGAGCAUCAGGGAGAGGGAGAGAGGGAGGCUGCAGAUAUCGAUGGCAUUAACAAUGGAAUAUUAGGAUCCACUGAGGUGAUAGUCAGCCAUACAACGGCUGAGGGUAAAGAUAUUUGAGGAGGGGGGCUCCUCCUCUCGGUGAGCACUGGGGGAGGAGGAGGAGGAUGGGCCUCGAACACAGACUUGCGAUGGCACUGCAAAAAUUGGAUUAAAGCAGUAUGCUGGACAAGAGUGAGGUGGCAACUCUAGGCCUACCCCCCAACACCAGCCAUGGAGGCUCUGACAGUAACAUCAGUGCAGAUGGAGUGGGGGCAGCGGCAGCAGCGGCAGCAGCAACAUCAGCGUCAGCGUCAGGGGUCACAGCAGGCAGUGCAGAGUGUUCGGGGGCCGGCGAGCCGCAGCGGACCCGUGUUGCUCUGGAGCACUUGCAGCAGAAGGUCCUGAAGGUCACCGAGCAGAUCCGCGUGGAGCAGGAGGCCCGUGAUGACAAUGUCGCAGAGUACCUGAAGUUGGCCCACAACGCAGACAAACAGCAGGCAUCCCGCAUCAAGCAGGUGUUUGAGAAGAAGAACCAGAAGUCCGCACAGACUAUCGCACACUUGCACAAGAAACUAGAGCACUACCACAAAAAACUCAAGGAGAUAGAACAGAACGGACCAGCCCGCCAGCCUAAGGAUGUCCUGCGGGACAUGCAGCAGGGAUUAAAGGACGUCGGGGCCAACGUACGAGCUGGAAUAAGUGGUUUUGGAGGGGGAGUAGUUGAAGGAGUCAAAGGUGGAGUAUCUGCCCUGACUCACACAGCUGUGGUCUCCAAGCCCAGAGAGUUCGCCAGUCUCAUAAGGAACAA